AUGUUCUACUUGUAUUUUACUGCUGCUCUUGUUUGUCUUGAUGCUUCUGUACCUGCAAUAAUGGGCAUUCGUAUAAAUAAAUUUAAUGAACAUAGUAAUGACGACGAUGAUGAUGGAUAUAGUGAUACAAAUUAUGGCAAAAAUAAGCGAAGAUUUUCAAGUAGUGAAGAUUGGACACAUGUUGAUGAUCAACACACAACAAUAGAAAUAAAUGAUGAACCACGUCAAGCAUUAUCAAGACUCGCAACUAUUGCUAAACGUGCUGCAAUUAUUACUGUUAAUAAUAAUGAAGCUGAAAAUAGGCCAUUAUCUUUAUUUAAUGAAUCUGAAUUUCGCCAAAUCUGUGUAAAUAACUGUUUACGUGAACCAUUUGUCAAUCUUUUUGCUCAGCUAUUUAGCCAAAUGGAUGCAUUUAUAUGUGAUCCGCCAUCGGGCAAAUAUUCUAACGUUGAUCAAUGGUUAGCAAAACGAUGUUCAACGAAAAAUUUUGAACGUACAAUUUUUAUUGCUGAUCAACCAAAACGACAUGUUCCUUCUUUUUAUUUGCAUUUAUGGAAACGCAGUCGUUUGUUGAUAGUAAAAUUGCUUCAAGAUUUAAUGAUAAUCAUCUUUUUACUUUAA